UCAAAAAGGCAAAAUAAAAAUAUGAAGUGUCAAAGCAAGAAAUAUCUCUCAAGUAUAUUAGGUUAGGUUAUUUGAAAAGUUUUUGGGAUUCCACUUAAAUUUAAAUUUAUUUAUUCUUAUUUAACCAGACCAUAAAUAAUGAAUUUUCUACGGAGAGGCUUAGCACUCCUUUCUACUGGUAUCAAAACACAAUGUACACAAAUCAAAGCUAUAACAAAUGUGCCUUUUCCAAGUCCGACAGCUGCACCUCCCGCGGGAUUGGUGGCUCGAGCCAUGGCAUCACUCGCACAAAUGCAUAGAACUGGCCCUCACAAAAAAGUUCGGAAAUCAAGAAAUCCACUUAACGGAAACCCUUUCGCAAAGGGUGUUGUUCUGAAGACACUUAUAAAGAAGCCCAAGAAGCCAAACUCAGCAAACAGAAAGUGCGUGUUGGUCCGUUUGUCUAAUGGAAAGGAAAUGGUAGCCUACGUGCCUGGCAUCGGUCACAACCUACAGGAGCACAAUAUCGUAUUAGUCAGAGUUGGCAGAUUGAAGGACUGCCCCGGAGUGAAACUGAAGUGUGUCCGUGGGAAAUAUGACCUGUCACAUGUUGUCAAACAGAAAGUGUGAAGUGGUUGCGAGUGCAGCGUCAGGGUCAGUGCUCAUCAGGCAGGAAAAUGCUUAAGCAAGUUUUAAUUUAUUAAUUAACCUUAAUACAUCAUGAAAGUUGAAAAUAGUAUGUCAUCAAGCACAAAGCACUAUAAUACAAACUUUAUUAUACACACAUCGAGCCUCGGGAUAGACAAAGUCUUGAAGGCCAUUAUCAGCAGAAUUGAUUAAUGAUAUGAGAUUCAGAUAGUGAAUGGUUGCAAUAGGUAUUUGGUGUUACAUACUUAAAUUCAAUUAAAAUUCAAUAGAUAGAGCCAGCUGUCUUGAAGACUGAAAGGCUCAUUCAGCUGUGGCUUUAUGAUGGAAUUGACAUAGAAUUAGAUUUUCAAAUUUUAAAAAUAUUGAAUUAAGAUUUGUGUUUGCUGCCUACUUUGCGAAAACAUUUUUCGCCUGAUAUGUAUUGACUCAUCUGACGAGCUUCAUUACCACUGCAGAAACAAAGCAAAUGACCGCAAACUACCGCUUUUGGUAAUAGUGUUUGGCUCAUUUGUGUUGUGUGCGUGUGUGUACUGAAAAGGCUUGUCGACAUGUAAAUUUCUUUGUUUUUUUUUAGAAUGUUUAGUAUUAGACAAAUUAUAUAAGUGAAGUUUAAGUAUAUAA